AUGAGAAAAUACCAAAGAUUUUUCUUGUGCAUCAUUUGUGGAUUUCUUUUCAUAACAGUUUAUUUAAUUGUUUUGGUUUUUUCCAAAGAAGAUGAUGAUGGUGUCGUGAAUGGAAUCCAUUUUAAAAAUAUUAAUAAAAAUUUAAAAAUUCAUUCGAAAUUGACAGAAGAACAAAUUAGGAGUUUAUUGAUGCAACAAGAAUCAAUUAAUAAUGAGAGAAUACAAAAAAUAGAAGAAACUUGUAAAAAAUAUAAUUUGGGAAUUUUUAAAACAUUUGAUAAUAAUAAUAAUAAUAAUAAUAAUAAUAAAACAAUCAAGUAUCCUCCUGUACCACAAUACAGCGUUUUUUAUUUCGAUUUAGAAAAUAAAUUGACAUUUUGUCCAAUAUAUAAAGCAGGUAGCACAACGUGGUUAUAUAAUUUUUGCCUACUUGCUGGAAUGACUGAAAAACAAAUAAAAAAUUCUAAAAAACAAUUGAGUGAAUUAGCAAGACAACAUUAUCCAAUAUUAGAUCCUGAAGUAGCUGAACAAAAUUUCCAAAAAACAAUAAAACUCAUAACUGUCAGACAUCCAUUUGAAAGAUUAUUGUCAGCGUAUAGAGAUAAAUUAGAAAAUAUAAAUUCUGGAAGAGAACAUGGAACAUUACAUUUUUAUCACUCAUUCGGUCGUAAAAUAGUUAAAAAGUAUAGAAAAAAUGGUAAUAAAACAAAAAAUUGGAAUUUGAUGAAUUCAAAUCAAUACAUGUGGAAUCCAAAUGAACCCAAACCUGAAGGAAUAGAACCUACUUUUGAAGAAUUUAUAACGUACCUGAUUAAUAUUAAUCUUUCCGAUUAUUCUGACGAUCAUUGGAUUCCUUAUUAUUUAUUUUGCACUCCAUGUCUUCUUCGUUAUGACGUCAUAGCAAAAGUAGAAACCUUAAACGUUGAUCAAUUAUAUACAUUUCACGUUCUCAACCUGCAAAAUAAAAUAAAACCUAAAUGGAUGCAUAAAACUCAAUUUUUACAACAAGGUAAACUCAUUAAUUAUAAAUUUAAAUCUAAUUUCCUUUUAUAA